AUGGACGGGUGCUUUCUUAAAGGUCCAUAUGGUGGUCAACUUUUAACAGCAAUUGGGAUAGAUGCUGAUAACGGUAUGUUCCCUAUAGCCUAUGCUGUAGUUGAUGUUGAAGACAAGCAUAAUUGGAAGUGGUUUUUGAAUUUGCUGGGUUUGGAGGGAGCUAUUUAUGAGACUAUUCCUCAAGUCGAGCAUAGACAUUGUGUAAGACAUCUAUACAAUAAUUUCAAGAAAGUGCAUAAAGGUUUAUCAUUGAAGACAAGAGUUUGGAAAGCUGCUAGGGAAAAUUACGUAAGCAAGUAUUUAUAUGAAAUGAACAUGCUGGAAAAGGAGGACGAAGAAGCUAGAAAUUGGUUCAACGACAAACCACCAAAAUUCUGGAGCAAGUCACAUUUUAGAACAACAACAAAGUCUGAUAUGCUUUUGAAUAAUCUUUGUGAGUCAUUCAAUGAGUUGAAACCAAUUUUAAAAGCAAGGAGGAAACCUAUACUUGGAUUGCUUGGAGGAAUUCGAAUAUACCUGAUGAGAAGAAUGAAUCAAAAGAGGAAGGUUGUGCUCAAAUACAAAGUAGAAGAAAAGAAAGAACAGGCAGCUACAUCAAUUCCUACUAGGGCUGGACAAUUGCUAUUUCAGGUACAAACUAUGUACGGUGAGCAGUUUAGUCUUGACUUGAAUGGAAGAACCUGUUCUUGCAGGGGAUGGGACCUUACAGGAAUCCCAUUCUCGCAUGCAGUGAACUGCAUCUUCCAUGUUAGAGGGAAUCCGGAAAAUUUCACAAAUGAUUGUUACAACAAGGCUACUCAAAUGAGAAUUUAUGAACCGGUGAUUGCUCCAAUGGAUAGACCUGCUAUGUGGGAACCAACUGUCCUACUUCCCGUUGAACCUCCUAAUUAUGAGCCGAAAAAAGGUUUGAAAGCAUCUUCUGAAGCCAAAGAAACCUGCUAUAACUGGUUUUGCAAAGUUGGUUCCAUCCGCGAGCUGCUACCACGCAUGUGA